AUGCUGGAGUGUCCGGCCUCUCCAGCUAACGACCGUCUGCCCCGGCUCGGCGCCGACAGUUGCUACAGUCUCAGCCCUGGAGGAAGUCCAAAUUCCAAUGGAGCCUUUUGCCGUCUUCGCUUGGGAAGCUUCAGUUGUGCCCUGCUCGCUGCAGCCCACAUGAUGGUCAUCGGGGUGAAUUCCCACAGCCGGGUCAUCACGUCGUUCUGGACAGAUAUGCGGAUGUGGGACUACAAGCUCGCGGCCACCUUGUUUGAGCAUGCUGGACCUAGAUCAUCCUGGAAGGGUCUGCGGACUUCGACGGCUUGGAAGUGGGAAGCAGGAGGCGCCAUACUGCAGGCAGUGGUGGCAAGGCAAGCUCCGGUUCAAGAUCGUAUGCAAGAUAGCGACCGGCUUCCGCCGUGA